CGACUUUUCAAAGUCAAAGUCAAAGUGUUUUCCGGAGUUUCUGUUCAUUUCGAAAAGAUCUCUUGAUGCAGGAGAAAGAGCUUUUGUCUUAAUGGAUUCACGAAAUAUAAGCAGACGCUGUGGAGAAUUUAGGGUAGGCUAUGUUGAAAUUUGAUCAGUGUACGUUGCUUUCCAUGUUGUAAAUUCCUCAACUAAAAACAACGAACUAAAAUGAGUGGGAACGAGGAGAAAGAAGGCGAUCAUAGGGAUUUAGCUCCCACAGAAGAGCAAAUUCCACGCGCAGAUUCAAGUGCUUCUUCAGUAAUAAGCAGAACUAGCUCACCAGAACAUUUAGAAGACGAUGUUUUCAACGUGGAUAAACAAGAACCGCAUUUGGACGCAGAACAACUUUCAGCUGAUGUUGCUGCUAGAGGAAUUGUAAAUCCAAAUAAGUUUUCAGGUGAUAUUCCCCAAUCAGGGAUACGUGGUAUGUUAAUAGCUGCUUGUGAUAUUCCCCCAAAUACCUUAAACAAGAUUCAAGAAGAAAAUGGGAAAGAUACCGAUCGCGAACUUCAAGAUGAACUAUCGAGAGAAAGGCAUGUUUCUUCAGGGACAGAAGAACUUCAGCCUGCCUCUCAGGAAGUUCCCUUUUAUAACAAAGACUCCUCUUUGAGUAGACCAUCAUCUGCAAGUUCAUUGUCGUCCGUAGCAACAGGAAUUAAUAAGAGAGAGGUGUCUUUUCAAAAUGCUGAAGAGGACGAGGAACCUCUAAAAGAAAGAGGUUUUAUAUCUCAUACUGAAAACAAAACAGUUGAAGUGGUAUCAAUUUGUACACAAACUGAAUGGAGUUGGUUAAAGGACAUGGAAUUGUAUCAGGAAACCAUAACCAGAUCAAAGCCUGAAUGGGCUGAAAGAUCAGAGAAGAAAAUGUCCAAAGAAGUUCCAAAGUCACCUUCAGGUAAUAUAUCAACAGAAUGACAAAAUAAUUAUAUCAACAUCCACUUACCCUCCUCCAACCCCCUGACAAUUAGUACAUUUGUCCCCCCUGGCAACAAUUUUGUGUAGUAGGUGCUGAAGUGAAAAAGGGCUUGAUGCACAGCCCACAAAGAGGAUCAUGUCCCAGUUUUUCAAAAUUCAUAAAUGGUAUCCAAUGGAUAAAUCAAUAUCCAGCAGAUGCAUGGUAGCAAAAUGUAUUGCGCUAUCCACUGGAUUGAGGUUUAUCUGGUGGAUAAUACUGUCUAUCCUCCAAACCACCAGGACCAGAAGCUUAUUGUCAGUAAUUGAUACUGUACUGGAGAAUUCCUCACCUCACAGAAGGGAAUAUUUAGGAGAUUGAUUGUAAAAAACCAAAACAAGAUUUAGCAAAUUCCUGAUCAAUCUCAGGUUAGGAGUUUGACUGUGAUUCAAUUUUGAGACAACUUGUGUCAAGAUGGCAGAUUUAUGGAAGAACCUGAAGGAGAGCCUUUUGAGCUCACUGGAGCAGUGAUUUUUUUUGUCGUAUUAUAUGGUUAAUAAAAUUGAAAUUGUGCAUCUAUUUAAUGCAGUAUGAAAUAUUUAUGAUAAAAAUAUAAUUUUAACUUGGAAGAAAAAUAGGUUACCCCUUUCAUUCCCACAAGUGACCAAGACAGAAUUUCUCCUUACAAUAUCAAUACAAUAUCAAGCAGGCAGGUGAUGAGAAUAGAGAAGAAUAUCAAUUAUGAGAUUAUUAGUUGAUCCAAUACCAAAUUCUCUGAACUAACAUCAUAAGAAUUGUAUGGUAGAUAGUAAGGAGAAUUACUAAUUAGAUCUUGGGAGUGAAAGGGUUAAUUUUUAUAGCAUACUUGAUUCUCUUUUAGCAAACAGCCAUGGUUCAGUCCAAAGACGGAGGAGAAAGUCGUUACCUGCAACAAGGAAGACCUCCACAAGUAGUGACAAAACACAAAAGGCAAAGGAUGAAGAAAAUGAAUUCCUACCAGAUGUAGAAGAAGGAAAUGAAGGAAGACAUGAUCAUGGUGGAGCAGAAGAAGGUACAAAAAUAGGGGAGAGGGGUGUAAGGGGGACACUAGAAGGAUUUUUUGUAAGGGGGGGGGUGGGCUGCCUUGGAGGCCUUUAAACCCUGACCAUGUUUGAGGGGACAUUUUUUCAUUGUGUUACCAUAUUAAAUGACAACUGUUAUGAAAUAAGGCAUGUCACUGAGAUAUUCACACAGAACAUUUAUGUUUUAAAUGAAAAGAAUAGUAUUAUGAAAGCUGGACAUACAAAGUUGUAAAUUUAACACAGUCUUGCUCUUUUUGAGACUUUGGGCUGGUUAUAUAAACAAAGUUUCAGCUGUUGUUCUACAAAACUACAUCCUUACCAACCCUCAAUUCAACUGAACCUUUUAACUUAACAAGCGAGCAGUGUCAAGAGGGCCUAAAGUUAACAGUGGAAUGACAUUUAUUUAAUUAAAUUACCUUCUUAGAGAGAGACUGAGACCCAUUGAUCAUAUAAAAUCGUGGUUUGGGUUAGACCUUGCAUGAAUAGCCCGCCCUUUGGGAUAUGAAAAGAUGGAUGUUUGAGAGUCUAGAUAUUCAAAUUGUAUACCCUGUUUCACACUUAAAACCCACAAAACCAUACAUUGGAAUACAGCAGCAAGUAUCAGCUUGGAUUAUGAAAUAGAUAAGAUAAUUGUUUCAUCAUACAGUUUUUAGGUUAGUAAAUGAGAUACUUUGCUUUUUAAAAUCAUUUUGGUGCCUUGGCUGGAUUAUGUUGAGUGCUGGGUCAUCCAAAUCUAGUUCUACAAAAUCAUGUUGAAACUGUGCUCUGUGAUCUUACAGCUCUCUGUUUAGACCAUUUUGCACAGCUCCCAAAUCUUUGUUAUAAUUCUGUGAUACACAAGAUACCCUUGGAUGGUUUGGAAGGCCAAAGAGCACUCCAGUAGGUCUUUUGUAGCAAAUAAAGAAAAGUGAAAAUAGACCUCUUGAACAUCUAGAUAUGCAGACAUGUAGUCAUGUAGUGACAUUCCUGUUAUUUCCCAAUGCAGGAAGCACAGGAAGAAGCAAAUCAAAGUCAUCAGGAGGUGUUCCGAGAUCUCGGCAGUCUGUGGUCUCAUCACUUCCUCGCACUCCUAAGGGGGAGGACAUUCUCUUCCGACCACCCACAGUAGAACUUGAGUCUAGUAGUAGUUCAGAUGAGUAUGAGGAUUAUGAACUUGAUCAGGAGUUUCUUUUGCCAAGCAUCGGUCCUCCAGCCAUUCUGCAGUACAUGAAGGAGUCUCAGCACCCUCCCCUGUCUAAUGAAGAGGUUGAAGAUCGACAGGAACUAGCCAAGAAUGAGAUGUUGAAGAAGAGCUUGUUUAGUGGGCCUUGCAUGUUUUGUCAACAGGAAGUUCUGCCAUUUCCAACAAUGGAAGAGCUAGAGAGACUCACUCCAGACCAGGUAAUAAAAUAUGGACUAAGGAAAGAGGAAAAAGAUUUAUGGUUUAAGAUACAGUGUUCCCCUUUUCAGAUGAUGACUGAUAAAAUUUGCCACCUGUAGUACUUCUUGUUGCUGCCUAAAAUUGCUUGGAAUUCUUGAAAUUUAUCAGCUGAAAGAAUUGCUCUUCCCAUUUGAAAAUUUAUUUUCCCUGUCUUUCUUUGAGGAAGGGAGAACACUGAAGAUAUUACACUGGUGAAGCUUGUUACCAGAAAAUUCCAACAAAUUGAACUGUUUUUCAGGUUCACUUUAUACUAAGAUGUGUAAAUAUAUCCCUUAGACACUUUCCAAAAGUGGGGAGGGGGGGAGGAGGAGCGGGUAACCUGUGAUGAAAUAGUACCCCGGGGUAGUUGUAGUUCUCUUAGUUGCUUAAUGCUAUGGAAACUUAAUGGCAGACCAAAGGAGAGGGUUGGGAAUGGUGAAUUUUAAAGAUUUACUUAUCCUGAAAAAUUUCAUGGCCUUUUUAGGCUAUAGUGUAAGGAAAAAUUCGGUGUUUUCAGAAUCAAAGUGUGCCCCCCUUCCCACCAUCAAAUAUUUAUGGAUUUGCCCCUGAAACUAGAGUGAUGAUAUAGUACUGAUUACUCAGUUUGCAUUUUCUGUUGUUAGAGAAACAUCACUCAUAAUGACAAACUAUAGGAAAACAUGAAUAAAAAUUGUUUCGAACAUGCACUGUUUUCCACCAGCUCUACUGCUGUCCUCAGUAUGAACGCCUCGUUAAGUUUGAGCUCGCGCAGAGGGGCGACACAGCUCAUCUAGCGGACGAGAUGAUUGACAUCAAGCCCCACCCACCAUAUGGGACCAAAGCUGCGAGGCGUGCAGCCAAGGAAAGAGCAGCUGAGCGUGCGCGGGAACGUGAGAUGGAGAGACAACGUGCAGCUGGUGCUAAUCCAACAAACUUCUAUGCAUGUAAGUGGCACAAAUCCAACAUUUUUAGAGCGCAUUUCGAUCGAGUGUCGUUAAUCCAAAACCAAAGUAAUCACAACAUUCGACCCUUGCACAUGUUCAAUUGGUGAAAAGGGGCGUGAGAGUUAGCGGCGGUUUGUUAGUAGUGGAACGGAACAUAGAGGGAGGUUUGGGUCGACCCGUCCUAGGCUUCUCUCCUUUUUUCGCCCGCCGUUAAUAUCCCACCCUUCACUUAUGCACUUUGUUUUACUCAUAUUAUGCCAAGGAUGGGCCAUCGCAUCAGCCAAUCAGAAGAAAGGAAACAACAAACCUUCAGAAGCGCGGGAAAACGCGUGUGGCCAAAUUGUAAUUGGUGUUACUUUGAAUUUGAUUGGUUUAGAAGAUGGUGUUGGUGUUUUGGACCAAUCACAGAGCGAAGUAGAGCAAACCAAAAAAAUCCUAGAUUGCUUUCGAUUUUCAACCUAGAAUUAUUAAAUUAAGAUCUGUUGAGUCCUCUAAAACUGCUCAUUUCCUCCAAUGAAAUGGGUGUAUUUUUUCUUCCUCAGAACCACUCAGCAUUAUAACUCUUUGCCGUUUUCUUUUAUUUUUAGUGACACGUCAGAUGAAGACCAUUACGUAUUCUUUAGCCUCUACAAAGUGUAUGGAGGAAGGUUGGACGGUUCGACCGCCAUCGCCGUCACUCACGGAUAACGAACAAGUACAAGAUCCGUUUGUUAUUGAAGUUAAUCCUCUUCAACUCGUAAGUAUCAGUAUAUAGAGAAAUUUUCAAUUGAAUUUCGAAAGAAAUUCUAUGUUGCAAUGGUUAUACUUUACUACCCACUGUGAUUGGUCUAGAAAACUUUCCACCGCUUUCUCAACCAAUCAGAUGUGACCUGGUCACCUGUGUUUUCCCGCGCUUCGCGCAGUUUGUUUUUUUCUUUGAGUUCUCAUUGGCUCAUUGUGAUUGGCUGUAGUCCAAACUCUUGUCAAAAGUAAAGCGCAUGAUCGUCUGGAUGAGGAAAUUCGUGAAAAGAAUUGGUGCUAAGGCCAGGAGUUUCAAUAAUUUCCAUGGAAAAACGUCAAUGGUUGCAAAACGUAAAGCGUUAUCCCAGUGGAUAGCGUUAUCCGACCUUCGAACAACCGGGGCCUGUAGUUAGCGCCAUAGAAAAGAACUCUCAACUUCCAGCUUCCCAGAGCGUGUUAAAAACUUGUGCUCUUAAUUUCUUAAGUACUCUUGCUUGCAAAUCUAUAUUGUGGUUCAAAGAGACGCUGAAAAACAUUUAUCUUUUCCUUUAAAGAGGAAACAGGCAUUCCUGGAGAGAUUUUAUGAGAACAAAAAGAGAUUUCUCCUACUUCUCCCGGAUGGCACUGGAACCUGCUUGUAUCCUUUUAUUAGACCUGACUGCUUUCAACUCAAUAAUGAAAGUGUUCAAUGACGGAAGAGGAGAAUAUUCUUUAUGUUUACCCUUUUACUCCCAUGAGUGACCAAGACAGAAUUUCUCCUUACAAUAUCAAUACAAUAUCAAGCAGACAAGUGAUGAGAAUAAAGAAAAGUAUCAAUUAGAGGAUUUUUAGUUGAUCCCAUACCAAAUUCUCCAAACUAACAUCACAAGAACUAUAUGGCAGAUAGUAAGGAGAAUUACCUAUGAGAUCUUGGGAGUUAAAGGGUUAAAAGAGAGUGAUGACGGCCGAAAAUAGAUAGAUUCGAGGGAUGAAGUAUUGCAAACGAGGUCCCUUACAUUAAAUAGUUGUGCGGUGUGUCGCCCGCUUUCUUACUGGGUUUCCUUUUAACCAUUUGCACCCUAAUAUCAUUACACGAAUUCCCCUCACUGUUCUCUAGACAUUUCCUAAGGCGCUGACGAGGAGAAUUUGUGUAACAGUCAAGAGUUUCUUCAGUUGGUGAUCAUUUUCUUUUUCCGGACCUUAAUUUGUGAUUCAAGGGUGAUACUCGUACGAGAAGGGUUAAAACCGCUCAUGUGGUUGCUUUUGUCGAUUGUUAAAUCCAAACGUGCUUUCAUUUUUUCCCUUAACGCCAUUGUUCAGUUAUCCAAGCGGUAACAUUGCGGUAAUGAUAACUGCUGCAGAAAAAGGAAAAUUUACGUACAUCGUAUUUGAUGUAAGUAUACAGUACAAUAAUGUUAGCAUGCCGAAAAAUGAGCAGGACAUUUGUUUUAUUUGAGAAGAAACCAAAUUGACGAGUUUCGUUAGCGCCAUUCAAGCAAUAAAAGGAAAGUAAAGUAACACUAAUAUUGACUAGCUUGUCUUAAGUAUCAAUUGACACCCCGGUUUUUACCCGACUUUUAACCAUUUAGUUAGCUCGGUUUCAUAAAAACAAACUUCACCUGUUUACAGCAUACAUUUUACUUGUGUCGUUGACUAACAGGGAGCUACUAAACAGAAUUUUUUUUCAUUUUGGAGGGAAAUAAAGAGUAGUUUGAUUUCGCUUCGAUCUCUGUUCGUUGCUUGUCUAAUUUAACACGAGAUGAAAAGCAGAAUUGUUUAUAAGUUUCUGAGGGUAUUACUUACCCGACAAACUAUGGUGAUUUUUUUAUUGUUCUGGCCGCAGGACGAAGAAGAAAACGAAUCAAAUCCAUCACACAUGUUGGGAAUAUUUGAACCCUCUGGACACGGAACUUGUUACUUCAGAAAUGGAUCAGUCAGGUUGAUUUUAUUUAUCAAAUGCUCUUCUUUUCACUUUUUAAGGAAGACUACAAACUUGUGAUGAUAACGAUCACGGCAACGAUUUCGGUAGCGGUAACGAUGACCACAUUGUUAACGUUAACGAUAGUAACGAUAAUGGUAACGAUGGAAAUGGUAACGAUAACGAUAACGGUAACGAUGGGAACUUUUUGUUUUCGUCGUGGUCACGAUAGCAAGCACUUGAUGAAUGAAUGUUUAAUUGCUGGCUUCGCGGUUUUCACCAUGAGAUAGACAAUGAAACAUUUCUUUAUCAAUUUAUUGAAGACAACGACAAGAUUAACCUUUAGAAAUGGAUUGUUAUGUUUUAGAGGCUAACACUUUAUUUCCCUUUUCUUGGUAUCUGUGUAGAUUAGUGUUAAAUCCAUUUUUUGGAGUUCUUUUGGACAAAAACGGGACUCGCAGGAAGAAAUGGAUGUGGCAUAACACGAAAGAACACGUGCACGCUCCGCCUUUUCAACCAAUCACAUUUCUGAUCACCAAACAGCUGUCAAUCAGAUGUUUAUCACAGGUAAGAGGUUUUAAAGUGAAAUGGUUUUCUGAAGUGAGGAACCAAAAUUUAAAAUGUUUUGAAAACGCUCAAAUAAUGUGAAAUUAAUGGUUCGUCACUCUUGUUUAGGUUAAAUUCUGAAUCUACUAACCACUUUUUCAUUACAUUUCAGAAUAAAAUUGUUCUUACCUUCAAUUAUGGAAAACAUACAGCUCGCUUUAAUGUUGGUGCAAAACUUAAGGUAUUCAUUUUAAAUAAAAAACUGAUCUUUACU